AAUUUUGGCUUGGCCACCAUCAAGGAAAGAAAAACAUCCAAACGAUCACUUUUUGAUUAUCCGAGCAUCCGAAACAACCCAAUCUACCAAUAGAAUCAUGCAGCACAUCUCCGCCCUGAACAACACUGCCGUCCGCUUUCUGAUUGACGGCUUUCGGGUAGACGAAGCCGAGCGAUCCCUUCAUCAGGCCAUGCAAUGGCUGAGCCAAGUGCAACAGAAUCCAAAGCAAGCGCCUCCGUCGCCUCAGCCAGCUACCAUCAAGCUCCAGUCUUCUCCAGUCAGCGUCAGACGCGGCAGUAGCACGAUGCGAAGAUCUUCGGCUUCCUCCUUUGCCUGCGCCCCAUCAGACUUCGACGACGACGACAUGGACAUGGAAGAUCAUGCCAAUAGUAGUUUUGAAGAUGACGACGAACAAGAUGAGGACGACUAUGAGGCUCCUGUCCAAUCCAUUGAGCUCACCAAGGUGGAUCCUACCGUGGGAUGCAUUCACAACAUUCUGCCUCUCUACAACAGAGCGCUGGUCUUGUCGUACACUGCUCAAUACGAAGAAGUGGCGGCUUGUGUGUUGUUCAAUCUCGCCUUGAUUUACCACAUUCGAGGCAUGACUGUGCUGCUGGCAUCCCAAAGAAGCGACAACCUCCAAAAGGCAUUGAAACUCUACGAAUUGGCCGUCAAGAUUUUGCAACGGCAGACUCCUGCCACUGUUGGUGCGGAACAACAACAAGAACGCCUCGUUGACGAACUGUUGGUGCUCGCACUCUUUUACAAUUUGGGCCAUGCCAGUGCGCAACUCUUUUCCAAUUCACAAGCAGCUGCCUACUUUGGCUUUCUCCGCCAAGUAUUGCGACAGAAUACUGCCUGCCACGGCACGGAUGCCCUUCAGGAUGAAGACCAAUCCUUCUUCUUUUUCAAUGCCAUGCUCUUUCAGGGCGAACAAAUGACACUGGCGCCAGCUGCUUAAGCUUUCUACUGUUGCCAAUCUAUCUUGCCCUCCCUUCUGAAUUAAUCCGACUUCCAUUUCCACUUAUACAUUAUCUUGUUGUGUAAUAAAUUAAUUCUAGCUUCCAGCUAUCCUAUCGGC